UUCCAACCGCCUCCCCAACAUGACAUGAGGGCCCAUCGCACCAUGCGUACUAGCAAGAACAAACCGGCUUGAGUAGAGCUACUACUCAACAACGUCAGGGCUGACGACAACUACUAAAUAGCUGUCAUUUGAGAGAUAAAGUGCAGACAGAAAGGCGCUUUGGGGUCCAGAAUAGACAACGGAAGAAAUGGCGGACGACCCCAACGCAGCGGAUAGGAACGUGGAGAUAUGGAAGAUAAAGAAGUUGAUCAAAAGUCUGGAAGCUGCUCGGGGGAAUGGCACGAGUAUGAUAUCCCUGAUCAUCCCGCCAAAGGACCAGAUCUCCAGAGUGGCCAAGAUGUUGGCUGAUGAGUUUGGCACUGCAUCCAACAUUAAAAGCAGAGUCAACAGGCUCUCUGUGCUUGGAGCCAUCACCUCUGUACAGCAGAGACUCAAACUCUACCAUAAAGUGCCUCCCAACGGCUUGGUUGUGUACUGUGGCACCAUUGUGACUGAUGAGGGCAAAGAGAAAAAAGUCAAUAUCGACUUUGAGCCUUUUAAACCCAUCAACACUUCUCUGUAUCUCUGCGACAACAAGUUCCACACAGAGGCUCUUACAGCAUUGCUCUCAGAUGACAGCAAGUUUGGUUUCAUUGUGAUUGAUGGAAGUGGCGCCCUCUUCGGAACCCUACAGGGCAACACCAGGGAGGUGCUGCAUAAGUUCACAGUGGACCUACCCAAGAAGCACGGCAGAGGAGGACAGUCUGCCUUGCGUUUUGCUCGUUUGAGGAUGGAAAAGAGACAUAACUAUGUGCGGAAGGUGGCAGAGACGGCAGCCACGCUUUUUUUGUGYAACGACAAGGUCAAUGUAGCAGGCAUGGUCUUAGCUGGUUCAGCUGACUUCAAGACGGAGCUCAGCCAGUCAGACAUGUUUGACCCGAGGCUUCAAGCAAAGAUCCUGAAGCUGGUUGAUAUAUCAUAUGGUGGGGAGAAUGGGUUCAACCAGGCCAUUGAACUGUCCGCAGAAGUGCUUACCAAUGUCAAAUUCAUCCAGGAGAAGAAACUAAUAGGACGAUACUUUGAUGAGAUCAGCCAGGAUACGGGGAAGUACUGCUUUGGGGUGGAAGACACACUGAAAGCCAUGGAAAUGGGUGCUGUUGAGAUCCUGAUUGUUUAUGAGAACCUGGAUACCAUGAGAUACAUCCUACGUUGCCACGGAGCAGAGGGACUUGCUAUGGCGGAGAAGGGUACCGAUGAGAAGACGUUGUAUUUGACGCCAGAGCAGGAGAAAGACAAGUCUCACUUCACAGACAAAGAGACUGGUCAGGACCAUGAGCUGAUCGAGAGCUUGCCAUUACUUGAAUGGUUUGCCAACAGCUAUAAGAAGUUUGGAGCCUGUCUGGAGAUUGUCACUGACAAGAGCCAAGAAGGAUCCCAGUUUGUCAAAGGCUUUGGUGGAAUUGGUGGGAUCUUGCGGUACAGGGUGGAUUUCCAGGCCAUAGAGUACCAAGGAGAAGACGAUGAGUUAUUUGAUUUGGAUGACUACUAGGUAGUUGAGACUGACGCGAGGGGAAAAAAUUAUUCAUCAAUUGGAAGGCUUUCCCUGAUUUGACCGAGACUGGUGGAGGGAAAGCAAGUCGUCAGGAGAGAGACCUAGACCUUCAAACAAAAGAGAUAGACGUGAUACCGUAUAUCAAUGGAUCCCUGACUUGAAGCAGUGACUCCAUCUCCUGUUUGGAGGGAGCUUAUCUUGGUUUGUUUCUCUCCACUUAAUGACGGAUUCAAAGUGACUGACAGCAAGGCCAUGCUCCUCCUGCCUGCUUGGCCUGCUCUAGGCCACACUGAUAGAAACCUGUUUUUCUCAUCACUCCCUACUUUCUUCUUACCAACUCAAUUUCCUUAUCUAUCUUUUUGUCUUUUUUUUACUGGUACUUGCUGCUGUUGUGUUUUAUGAGAUUCUGAUUAUUUAGUUUUCCUUUUUUAAAUAAAAUGUAUGUAGUGGGCAGGGGGAAAAAAAUAUUCAAUUGGAACUGCUUGACUUCCAUAUCCUGCCUCCUAUCUUUAAUUCAGUACCUGCUUUGUUUUGUCCCAUUUUCCCCUCUGGUAAUUGAUCCACUGUUACAGGUGCUGUACUCUGAGCCUAUACUGUUCUCUUGUACCUGUUUUCAUUUCGAGGACCUGUGUCCUUUAUUACUCAUACAGACUUCCCAGAGCUGAGAUUUAGAGUUGUACAGCUACAUCGUCUGUUUUUAUAUUGCCUUGUACACUACACACCCUCACCAAUCUGUCUCAUUCAGUAUAAUGAACCAUGCCCUCAGUGCUGUGCACCAUGCAUACUUUCAUGUUCCCCAGAGGCAUCUGUGUCCAAUGUUAACUGUGAUUGAUUGUCUGAAUUGCACAGUGACAGAAACUGACCAAUCUGAGAGCUAGUGUGGUUGUUGUCAGGCAGUGUUGUGUGUGUGUGUGUGGCUUGACUUCCAGGCAUAUUACUGGUAUGAGUAAUCCUCUAGUACUAUCGACAUAAAUUGAAACCUGUCCAGUUUUAUUAUUUUGAGUAUGAUUGUACUGGAUGUGAACUGUACUGGCUCUAAUUGUCUGAGUUUUGUUGAUUGGCUAUCCUAAUUUGAAUGUGGAUACUGCCAAUACAAAAGUUGAGUGCAGCCCCUCUUACCCCCCCCCCCCCCAAGAACAUCUGAACACUGUCUCUCAUCUUUCCCCUACUGUUGCAUACUGUUGGGUUGGAAGACUCCUGCCUAGCUCUGUUUCUUCCUACCAAAAAAAGUUAAGUCACAGAACAUUUUGGUCAGAGGCACUGGAUGUUUAUUUGGGGGUCUUUGUGGCUUGCAUGGUCUAAAAAAAGAAAUUGUCAGCCUGAAUGUGAGCUAUAUAAAAAGAGAAAAAAAAGCUUUAAGUACUUUGACUAUUGUCUGAAUCUGGCACGUAAGAAUGGUGUGUUGUGAUGGUUCUCCAUAGUUCCUUUUGGGGCACAGUGAGCAGUUUUAUCUAGUUAUGAAUGUGAUGUCUACUUUGCAACAUCAAGCCCAUAUUAUGACAUUUUCUAGAUUUCAUCUAUUCAUCUGUCACCAUUUUGUAUGAGAUGUAUUAAAUGUCCUCAUUGUUUGCAA